GUCUUUGUGCUUGACCUGCCCUGUUCAGAGUGAGUCCAGGACAUCUGUAUUAGAACACAAAGCAGAGUGUUUGCCUCAUUUCGGGGUGUUUAGGGUUGAUUUUCUCUUCAGCCUGACAUCUCAAACAGCACCAUGAACUGGGCCUUCCUGGAGGGCCUCCUCAGCGGGGUGAACAAGUACUCCACUGCCUUCGGUCGCAUCUGGCUUGCCAUCGUUUUCAUCUUCAGACUCUUAGUGUUCCUGGUGGCCUGCGAGAAAGUCUGGGGUGACGAGCAGAAGGACUUUGACUGCAACACCCGCCAGCCCGGUUGUCACAACGUCUGCUACGACCACUUCUUCCCCAUCUCCUACACCCGGCUCUGGGCUCUCCAGCUGAUCUUUGUCACUUGUCCAUCUCUUCUCGUGACUCUCCACGUGUCCUACAGAAAAGACCGGGAGCGCAAGCACCGGCUGAAGAAUGGAGAAGACUGCGCCCCUCUGUACGAUGACACAGGGAAGAAACGAGGAGGUCUCUGGUGGACAUACUUCUUCAGCCUGCUGUUCAAAAUAACAGUGGAUGGCGUGUUUGUCUUCUUGCUGUUUUAUAUCUAUGAAGCCACCUUCUUCCCUCCGGUGGUCAAGUGCAACCAAGACCCAUGUCCCAAUGUGGUGGACUGCUACAUUGCCAGGCCGACAGAGAAAAAACUGUUCACCGUCUUCAUGGUGGUGACCAGCUUCGUGUGCAUAUUCCUCACUUUUUGCGAGGUCCUCUACCUGUGUGGGAAGAGGUUCGCAGAGUGCUGUCGAGGAGGAUCUCUCCCCAUGAGAGAAAACUCCUUCAUGAUGACCAGAACUCCCCUCACUGAGAAGCCAAGCUCGGCGUACAAAGGGCCUGCACUGGAGAACACCAAGACGGUCGACGGAAAUGGAAAAGCUUCAGCGCCGGCGUACAGCAUAGCAGUCUCCUGAGAGGCAUAAUGAGUUUGACUUAUGAGAAUAAAAUGCAAAUCUAAGCCUGAAUUAUCUGCAAUAGCGUAGAGGUUUUUAAGAAAUGUUGUUUACAAAAGUCAUGUAAUUUUUGAAGCAUUUUACAUGAGGACAUGAGAAAUGAGAACGACCCCGUGUUUUUGUCCUUUAAUAUUGUUAGCUGAAUGUGUAAGUAGAGCUUUUUAAAAAAAAAAAUAAACACGUGAUCUGAAAUGA